AUGUCCAAUUCAUCCAGCAAUGGAUCUAGGCAAUCUCUUCACUUGAGUGGCCCAGUGGAUCCUACCAUUCUGCAGAAUGCUGGUAAAAGACCUACCUGUGCACAAAGCUGUCUCUGGAACAUGGAGGAGAUUGCUCUCCUCAAAUUCUUACUUGAGUCUUUGCCUCAUGCUGGUGAUGGAGGGUUCAAGGACACAGUUUUCGAGGCAGCAGUGGCUCAUUUGAGAGCCAAGUUUCCAGUGUACAAAGGUGCACCAAAGCAGACAUCAGCAUGCAAAAGCAAGUACCAUGGGGAUCUCAAAAGGACAUAUGCUCUUGUGAAUGAUCUCAGGAGUGCUUCAGACUGGACAGGCCUAAGAAAGUUUGGUUAG